UAUUUAGCAUCAGGCUACUCGCCUCGCCUGUACUAGUUUGUGUCUAAUUGCAUUUUGCACACAGAACCACGCAAGCGGAGUAGCCGACUAGCGGAAGACAGAGAGCAGAGUGAGCCCCCUCUGACCCAGCGAAAAAUGGAUGGACAAGAUUCCGAAGAUCCAAAGCAAAGCACUGCUGAUAUGACAGUUUUUGUACAGAACCUUCUUCAACAGAUGCAAGCUAGGUUCCAGACAAUGUCAGAAUCCAUCGUUACCAAGAUCGAUGAAAUGGGAGUCCGGAUAAAUGAAUUGGAGCAGAGCAUCAAUGACCUCAGGACCGAGAUGGGAGCAGAGGGCUCUCCAUCUCCUUUGCCACCAUCAAAAAAUCCUGAAGAAAUCAAGCCAGAGGAGGGCUCUGCUUAGUGUUGGUUGAAUGUCGCAAUGCAAAAAUCAUUUCACUAUCAUUGCCAUUGUGUUCUUUUUGUUAUUUUACAAAUCUUUGAUGGCAAUUAGAACUGCUGUUACGGCGAGAUUACUACACAAAUACAAGACUCUGAUGUAGUUAGAUUUUGCUUGCUUCCAUAUCCCAAGGAUGGCUUUCUCAGACGUUUUGUUAUGCUUGUGUAUGUAGAGCCAAUUAAUACAUUUGUUCAAAGUGGACAAUUAUUGUUCAUUUGAUGCUGUAGAGGAGAUGGUUCAUUGGGUUCUUGGUUCUUGUUAA